CUAAUCCCCCAUCACCAGACAAGCAGAGUAGAGCAGGACGGAGAGAGACGUGAGCCAACGAGUGCAGAACAGAACAACUCCACUAAGACAAGAGAGAGGUGGAUAGUUCCCUUUACCAGGAAAGAAGGAGAGAAGAUCAAGUCUUUCAGAAACACCAACAGGAGAAGAAAUAUGAGACUGAGGCACAUUUAAAACCUCUAAUCUGCUUUACUCACCAACUGAGGACUUAUUUCUAGCCCCAUUUUAUGUUGGAACAGUUACAUUUCUUUCUCAUUCUACAAGAGCCUACACACUGAUUGUAGAGAAGUACGUUUUGAGGAGCAGGAGGCUGCAGUGGUGGAGAUCAUGCCCGGGAGAGGAGCUUGUUCUGGGGCAGGCGUGGGGAGGUUACCUGGGUACUGGGUGUGUGUGCUGGUUCUCUGUGCCCUGGUGACAGGCUAUGCCAGCGCAUGCCCUGCCCUGUGUACCUGCAGUGGCACCACAGUUGACUGCCAUGGGCUGGGCAUCAAAACUAUGCCCCGGAAUAUACCCCGCAACACAGACAGAAUGGAACUGAAUGGGAAUAACCUCACACGCAUCACCAAGACUGACUUCUCUGGACUCAAGUACCUCCGCGUGCUGCAGCUGAUGGAGAAUCAGAUUGGAGCGAUAGAGCGUGGAGCGUUUGAUGACAUGAAGGAGCUGGAGAGACUGCGCCUGAACAGAAACCAACUGCAGCACCUUCCAGAACUACUGUUUCAGAAGAACCCUGCACUGUCACGUCUAGAUCUGAGUGAGAACAACAUCCAGUCCAUCCCCAGAAAGGCUUUCAGAGGAGCUACAGACAUCAAGAACCUUCAGUUGGAUAAGAACCACAUCAGCUGCAUCGAGGACGGAGCUUUCAGAGCACUGAGGAGCCUGGAAUUACUGACUCUGAACAACAACAACAUCAGCAGCAUCCCAGUCUCCAGCUUCAACCACAUGCCCAAACUACGCACCUUCCGUCUCCACUCCAACAACCUGCACUGUGACUGUCACCUGUCCUGGUUGGCCGAGUGGUUAAAACAAAGGCCUACAAUUGGUCUGUUCACCCAGUGCACAACUCCAUCCCCGCUUAGAGGACUCAACGUGGCUGAGAUACAGAAACAUGAGUUUACCUGCUCAGGUCACUCAGAGAGCUCCGGGUUGCAGCCUUGCAGCCUAGGGGGAGGUACGUGCCCUGCCAUGUGUACCUGCAGUAACAACAUCGUGGACUGCAGAGGGAAAGGCCUCACAGCUAUACCAGACAGCCUUCCAGACACCAUGGCAGAGAUUCGUCUGGAGCAGAAUGGGAUCAAGUCAGUUCCUCCCGGUGCCUUCUCUCCCUACAAGAAGCUGCGCAGGAUAGACCUGAGUAAUAACCAGAUAUCUGAAAUAGCUCCUGAUGCCUUCCAAGGCCUGAGAUCUCUCAACUCACUAGUCCUGUAUGGGAAUAAGAUUACGGAGCUUCCCAAAGGACUGUUUGAUGGACUAUAUGCCCUGCAACUACUGUUGUUGAAUGCCAAUAAGAUCCACUGUGUUCGGGCCAAUGCCUUCACAGACCUGCAGAACCUAUCUCUACUGUCUCUGUAUGACAACAAGAUACAGACUGUGGCCAAGGGCACCUUCGCUUCUCUCAGAGCUAUACAGACACUUCACCUGGCCCAGAACCCGUUUAUCUGUGACUGUAAUAUGAAGUGGCUGGCGGACUACCUGCGCUCCAACCCCAUAGAGACCAGUGGUGCCCGUUGUACCAGCCCCAGACGACUGGCCAACAAACGCAUCGGGCAGAUCAAGAGCAAGAAGUUCCGCUGCUCUGCCAAGGAACAAUACUUCAUCCCUGGCACCGAGGACACCCGUCUGAAUAAUGAGUGUAACAGUGAUCCAGUCUGUCCUCCUAAAUGUCGCUGUGAGUCCAAUGUGGUGGACUGCUCCAACCUCCGAAUCAACAAGAUACCAGAACACAUCCCUGCCUCUACCACUGAACUUCGUCUGAACAACAAUGAGAUCACUACACUGGAGGCUACAGGAGUCUUCAAGGCCCUCUCCCAGCUCAACAACAUUAACCUUAGCAACAAUAAGAUCACGGAGAUUGAGGAUGGGGCAUUCGAGGGGGCGGGGUCUGUCAACGAGCUCCAUCUUUCAGCCAAUCAGCUGGAUUCUGUCCGCAGCGGAAUGUUCAAGGGACUGGAGGGACUACGCAUGCUAAUGUUGAGGAACAACAAGAUCAGAUGUAUCCAUAACAACAGCUUCACCGGCCUGCACAACGUUCGCCUGUUGUCUCUCUAUGACAACCAGCUAACUACCAUCACCCCUGGAGCCUUCGAUACCCUGCAGACACUGUCUACACUUAACCUCCUGGCUAACUCCUUCAACUGUGACUGUCAUCUGGCCUGGCUUGGUGAUUGGCUGAGAAGCAGAAAGAUCGUCACGGGCAAUCCCCGAUGCCAGCGCCCCGCCUUCCUCAAAGAGAUCCCACUACAGGACGUGGCACUGCCUGACUUCCGCUGUGAAGGGGGAGUGGAGGAGAUGAGCUGUGUGCCCAGGCCUCAGUGUCCCAGUGUGUGUACAUGUCUGGAGUCUGUGGUACGCUGCAGUAACAAACACCUCCGUGCGCUGCCCAAAGGCAUCCCCAGAAACGUCACUGAAUUGUAUCUAGAUGGGAACCAGUUCGGCAUGGUGCCAAAUGAGCUUUCUACCUUUAAAUACCUCCAGUUAGUAGACCUUAGUAACAACAAGAUCAACUCUCUCACCAUCUCUUCAUUCUCCAACAUGAGUCAGCUCACCACACUGAUCCUGAGUUAUAACUCUCUGCGCUGCAUCCCCAGUCUGGCCUUUGGUGGACUGCGCUCCCUUCGAUUACUGUCUCUCCAUGGCAACGAGAUCUCCGAGCUUCCUGACGGCAUCUUCAGUGAUGUGGCCUCUCUGUCUCACCUGGCUAUUGGUGCCAACCCCCUGUACUGUGACUGCCGUCUGCUCUGGCUGUCUGACUGGGUGAAGACGGGCUACAAGGAGCCAGGCAUCGCCCGAUGUGCCGGACCUACUGGCAUGGAGGGCAAGCUGCUGCUCACCACCCCUGCCAAGAAGUUUGAGUGCCACGGUGAGGUGGACAGCGGCGUUCUGGCCAAGUGUAACCCGUGUCUGUCCAGCCCGUGUGUCAACCAAGGGAUCUGUCACAGUGAUCUGGCAGAGAUCUACAGGUGUAGCUGUCCUCCUGAAUUCAAGGGUAGAAACUGUGAGACUUCUCUGAACGCGUGUGUCAGUAACCCCUGUGUCAAUGGGGGCACCUGCCAACUCGAUGAGGAGGAGGCAGCAGCAUACAGCUGUGCCUGUCCCCUUGGCUUUGACGGUCCUACCUGCCUGACCAACAUAGAUGACUGUGAAGAUAAUGACUGUGGAAACGGAGCUGCCUGUAUAGAUGGAGUCAACCACUAUACCUGCCUCUGUCCACUGUACUACACAGGGGAGGUGUGUGAGGAGAUGGAGGAUGUGUGUGCUCCAGGUGUCAGUCCGUGUCAACACCAAUCUACCUGUCUCAUCACCUCUACUGGGCCCCAGUGUGUGUGUUCUCCGGGCUACGUCGGUGAUGACUGCAGUGUGGACUAUGAUGAUUGUGAGGGGAAUCGCUGUCCGAACAGAGCUCAGUGUGUCGACCAACUCAAUGGAUACUCCUGCUCCUGCCCCGAUGGCUACAGUGGUCAGUUGUGUGAGGUGCCCCCCUCCCCGCGCUCUCUGUGUGACCUGGCAGACUGCCAGAACGGUGCCCCGUGUGUGGAGCGAGCAGGCCGGGCACUGUGCCAGUGUCUCCCUGGGUUCGGAGGGCCUCGCUGUGAGAAGCUGGUCAGCGUUAACUUUGUAGACAGAGACUCCUACCUGCUGCUCUCUGACCUCAAGAACUGGCCCCAGGCUAACAUCACACUGCAGGUGUCGACAGCGGAGGAGAACGGUAUCCUGCUGUAUAAUGGAGACAAUGAUCACAUCGCUGUAGAGAUGCAUCAAGGUCACGUUAAGGUCAGCUACGACCCUGGCAGCCAGCCUGGGCAUGCUAUUUACAGUACUGAGACAAUCAACGACGGUCAGUUCCACACGGUGGAGCUGGUGACCUUUGAUCAGAUGGUGAACCUGUCCAUCGACGGGGGUCUCCCCACCACCAUGGAUAGCCUGAGGGGGGUCCGGCCCCUCAAUGGGGAGGCUCCGCUAUACGUGGGGGGUAUGCCUGUGGACGUCCACUCGGCAGCCUUCCGCCUGUGGCAGAUCCAGAAUGGCUCCAGUUUCCACGGCUGCAUCCAGAACCUGUAUAUCAACAACGAGCUGCAGGACUUCACUAAGACCCAGAUGAAGCCGGGUGUGGUGCCAGGCUGUGAGCCCUGUAGGAAGAUCUACUGCCUGCAUGGUAUCUGCCAGCCGGACGGGGCACAGGGACCAGUCUGCCACUGCCAGCCAGGCUGGAGUGGACCACACUGUGACCAGCCUGCCGCCAACCCAUGCCAGGGCAGCAAGUGUGUGCAUGGGAAGUGUAUUCCCCUUGACCUGCAGUCGUACCGCUGUGAGUGUGUGGAGGGUUACCGUGGCGCCCUGUGUAACCAGCAGGGGGAGCUGUUUAACCCCUGCCGCAGCCACAACUGUAAACAUGGACGCUGCCGGAUGUCUGAUUCAGGAGACGCCUACUGUCACUGUGAGGCCGGAUACAUCGGAGAGCUCUGUGACGCAGAGUCAGAGUGUCGAGGGGAGCCUGUGAGGGACUUCUACCAGGUGCAGCGUGGAUACACCAUCUGCCAGACCACACGCAUGGUCUCCUGGGUAGAGUGCUCCGGCGCCUGCGACACGGGUGCCUGCUGCACAAGCCAGCGAAUGAAACGUCGGAAAUCCACCUUUGAGUGCAGCGACGGAAGAUCAUUCAGCGAGGAAGUGGAGAGGACCAUCAAGUGUGGCUGCGUGGGCUGUAUGUAGCACGCUUCACACAAACCUGCUAACGCCGCCGAACGCACCACAGAGAGAACCGGAGAGGAGUAAGAGAAAUAGUAUAAAGAAAUAUAUAUAAAAACCUCUAUGUAUUAUGGGACAACAGUCUUUAUAAAAUAGGACAUUACCUCCUCUUGCUUUGGGUGUGUGACGUACAGAAACACACCAACCACCAAAACAUUGUAUCUGCAACAUUGUUUCGGAGGGGUCUAAAGAUGUCAAAGGUGUUGCAUUCAGAGCAAGGACUCAACCAACCUCUCAUACACACAUGGUCUAAACCUCUGGCCUCUUGGCCAUCCAUCCAUUAGGUCCCAGAUAGCCUAAGAACCAUCUCUCAUCUUUUCUUCCUGAUGGCAGUGUGUGGAAUGUAGCGUCUGUCCUGGUCAGGGUGGCAGGAGGGAAGAGGUACAGAGAUAUUGAAAGAGAGGGAGGAGACUGGGGUUUGGCUGUAGUUGAGUUUGGUUAGGCAAGGGCUGGAGCUGGGCUGGAGUUGGGCUGGAGCUGAGCAGAAGCUGGGCAGGGCUGGUAUAAGCUUGCCUGGGCUGAGUUGAGCCAAAUAAGGUCAGGCUUAGCUGGGCUGGGCCGGACUGCAGUUGAGCUGUGCUGGGCUGAGCAGAGCUAGGGCUAGGUCGGAAUAUAGCUGGUCUAGACCGAAGCUUAUUAGACUCCUGGAGCUUUUAGAACAAGAUAUGUCCAUUAUUUUCCUUAUUUAUAACACUACUGCACUGAAUACCAGCACUGAAAGUCAGUGCCCUUCACAGUGCACACACAUACAUACACGCACCCACACAGUAGAGAAUGGCCUUGUCUGAGCAGAAGGAAACACACACACACAAACACACAUUUUCUGUCUGUGCAGAAAGGUAAUUUAAUUUGAAGCAAUACACAUUGAGAUGCAGGUAGACUCUCCAUUUCCCUACUGUAGGCUAUAAGCUAUAACCCCACCUGGAGCAGGCAGUGCCCGUUGAAGACCCAUCUCCCAGCAUGCAUUGCCUCAGGAUGAUUUGCAUAAGCCCUCCCCCCUUUGAGCAGGAUGAUUAGGCCCCUCAAUGCCUUCAGUAUUAAACGUCUGCAAACUGUUGCAUGUGAGAAGUUUGCAAAUGGAUAUGUAGAGCUUUUUAUUAUCAUGAUGUAUAUUAUUACAGAACAAAGGUGCAGAAUAUAAUUUUUUGUUUGUUUUGUUAUGUCUAAUUUCAAUGAUUUGUUUUGCAUUAUAUUAUAUUACUCCUUCAGCCCUCUCUUUAUACAGAAAUGCCUAACAGAUUCUAAUAUAUAUAUAUUUGUAUUUCAUUUUGGUAUAGUAUUUUUAUAUGUUAAAGAGUAAAUCUGUGUUUUCUGGAAGCUUCCAAUGGAACGGGCAGGAUGGCGUUUGAUUGGUUCCAUAGCUGUUUUCCUUUGUAUAUUUCACUUGCUCUAACAAGCUAGUUUGUGAUUGUCCAAAACAAGGUAGCGAAUGGUUGGCCUUGUUCUAUAGGAGGCGUAUUUAUGUACAAACAUGUUUAAUAUUGUAUAUGUUGUCUUCCAUUUGAAUAUGACAUCUAAUUCAUUUAAAAGUCUGUCUGCUGUUUUGUUUUAUUUAUUUUAUCUUAAGACUUUUUCCUGUAGAGUAUAAAAGGCAUAAUAAUUUUUGCAGAUUUUCAAAAAUUAUUGGAAAAAAAGGAAUACAAAGUUACAAUAAAAACUAGUGUAACAAAAAAGAAAAGCUGUAAGGUAUUUGUGACAUCACUUAAUAGCCAUUGAAGACAGUGCUUGUGCCCUCUGGCUCAGACACAUUCCUCAUUGUCUGUUGGGCCCGAGUGGGUGGAGUUCAAAUGCAAAUGAGAGAGAUGCCCCUCCUGCUCUGAAAUAGAUGUUUCCUGUAUUUACCAUACUCUGAAAUAUAGUGAAAGGGUUUUGAUCGUCGUGUUGAUUUUGUUGAAAUGUUCCGUUGAAUUUCUGUCAUUUUAUUUUGGGGACAUUUUCCGUCGUAGAUAGAAGUAAUUAUAAGAUUCAAGUGAAACAGUCACAGUUGACUGAAACUUAUCUGCUGUAGGAAGCUUACUUAUUGUGGAUGUGCACAAAGAUGGAGUCUACAUUUGACCUGCAUUAAGCACUAUUAAUGCUGCCAUCUUACCAUUGUACUGUGGUGGGGGCAUGGCUUGAAUGACAGCAAACUGUAGACCUGCCAUCUUACCAUUGUACUGUGAUGGGUGCAUGGCUUGAAUGACAGCAAACUGUAGACCUGCCAUCUUACCAUUGUACUGUGGUGGGGGCAUGGCUUGAAUGACAGCAAACUGUAGACCUGCCAUCUUACCAUUGUACUGUGAUGGGGGCAUGGCUUGAAUGACAGCAAACUGUAGACCUGCCAUCUUACCAUUGUACUGUGAUGGGGGCAUGGCUUGAAUGACAGCAAACUGUAGACCUGCCAUCUUACCAUUGUACUGUGAUGGGGGCAUGGCUUGAAUGACAGCAAACUGUAGACCUGCCAUCUUACCAUUGUACUGUGGUGGGGGCAUGGCUUGAAUGACAGCAAACUGUAGACCUGCCAUCUUACCAUUGCACUGUGAUGGGGGCAUGGCUUGAAUGACAGCAAACUGUAGACCUGCCAUCUUUCUGUACAUCUGCAAUUGGAUCCACCAAUGAGUGUUUUGUCCAUUUUUACAUGUACAGUUAAAUCUCUCUACUAUGACAGAAUAUAGAACAAGCUUCAGAGAUGAAAGAAGGUGCCAGUGGCAGAGUAGACCAGUCCAACCUGAAUGUUUAUAGAUAAAUAUGAACUGAGCUCACUCCUGAAGGGGUAUGGAUCAGCCAUCAUCCUGUUUAGUUCACAUUAUAAAAGGUAUAAAGACACCACAUCCUGUGUUUUAAAAGUGGGAGACAUACAUGACUUUGGAGUAGGAUGGAGACCUACAGGACUGUGGAGUAGGAUGGAGACCUAUAGGACUGUGGAGUAGGAUGGAGACCUACAGGACUGUGGAGUAGGAUGGAGACCUCUAGGACUGUGGAGUAGGAUGGAGACCUACAGGACUGUGGAGUAGGAUGGAGACCUAUACGACUGUGGAGUAGGAUGGAGACCUACAGGACUGUGUAGCAGGAUGGAGACCUACAGGACUGUGUAGCAGGAUGGAGACCUACAGGACUGCGGAGUAGGAUGGAGAUCUACAGGACUGUGGAGUAGGAUGGAGACCUAUAGGACUGUGGAGUAGGAUGGAGACCUAUAGGACUGUGGAGUAGGAUGGAGACCUACAGGACUGUGGAGUAGGAUGGAGAUCUACAGGACUGUGGAGUAGGAUGGAGACCUAUAGGACUGUGGAGUAGGAUGGAGACCUAUAGGACUGUGGAGUAGGAUGGAGACCUACAGGACUGUGGAGUAGGAUGGAGACCUACAGGACUGUGGAGUAGGAUGGAGACCUACAGGACUGUGGAGCAGGAUGGAGACCUACAGGACUGUGGAGUAGGAUGAAGACCUACAGGACUGUGGAGUAGGAUGGAGACCUACAGGACUGUGGAGAAGGAUGAAGACCUACAGGACUGUGGAGUAGGAUGGAGACCUAUAGGACUGUGGAGUAGGAUGAAGACCAACAGGACUGUGGAGUAUAAUGGAGACCUACAGGACUGUGGAGUAGGAUGAAGUUGAACCUAUACACUGACUGAGAUUUGGGGGGGGAUUACGGUCAAAUUUUGGGAUUGGAAGGCUGAUCCUAGAUCUGUGCUUAAGAGCAACUUCUACCCAGAGCACCCUGUUGCAGUGGACUCCAUGUUUGCCACCAUGUUAACCCUGGUCUAGAUUCAAUCAGAUCAAGUGCUCACCGGCGACAGCCGAAACCUGCAUAGCUGAUGUUCUAACAGUUUUGGAGGUGUAACUACUUUGGAGCUCUCAACAUCGGCAAGCAGCUGCUCCUGAUCAUUGUCAUGAAGCCACACCCGUCCCUCUCAUGUUAGAAGUUCAGUACGAGAAAGAGUAGGCUUUAUGGAAAUAAUUGAAAAUCAUUCAACUAAAUUAAAUAGGCUGAGAGAAAUUCUGAGGUGUAGAUUACAUAUCACAUUCCAAUGUUCAAACUCGCAAACGAGGCUGCAUGGGCUUUCUCUUAAUGCGACUCUGUGCAGACAAUAGAGCCCUACAGUGGUGUCAUAAUACCCAUAAAACCUAGCGGUCAAACAGGGAAAUGGUUCCAAUUGUUUUUCACAUAGGGAAUUUUCAAAGCACUUAAAAUAAGGGCUGUGUUUCGUGUAGGCAUACAGUACCAUGGCGUGACGUUUUGAUAACCAUGUUCAUCUCUCUAGGACAAGGUGCCUUUUAUUAAUAUAUUAGUCUCUAUUUACUCUCAAGAUCAAAUUGCUAAUUAGCAUCAAAGUAGACAUCAUCUAAUUUUAAAGAAUGUAGCCCAUUCAUUAAUUACUAAAUGUAGCUAACAUUAGAUAGUUAAUCCAGAGAUCCUUACCUUCGCCUUGACUUGGCAGUCUCAUCCAGAUCAUCAUGGCAUUUGUAGUUCCUUAUACAUUUACAUUACAUUUAAGUCAUUUAGCAGACACUCUUAUCCAGAGCGACUUACAAAUUGGUGCAUUCACCUUAUGACCUCCAGUGGAACAGCCACUUUACAAUAGUGCAUCUAAAUCUUUCUAAGG